AUGCCCCGGCGCCGAGGCAAUGAAAAAUUGGAUAAUUGGGGAGACCCCGAGGCUAAAAAAAUAUGGAGCACCGUUAUCAACGGCACAGUUAUCAACGGCACCGUUGUCAGCAACAGCACCGUUUUCAACGGCACCGUUGUCAGCAACAGCACCGUUUUCAACGGCACCGUUGUCAGCAACAGCACCGUUAUCAACGGCACCGUUGUCAGCAACAGCACCGUUAUCAACAGUACCGUUAUCAACGGCACCGUUGUCAGCAACAGUACCGUUAUCAACGGCACCGUUAUCAACGGCACCGUUGUCGGCAACAGCACCGUUAUCAACGGCUCCGUCAUCAACGGCACCGUUGUCAGCAACAGCACCGUUAUCAACGGCACCGUUGUCAGCAACAGCACCGUUAUCAACGGCACCGUUGUCAAUGGCACCGUUAUCAACAGCACAGUUGUCAACGGCACCGUUAUCAACAGCACCGUUAUCAACGGCACCGUUAUCAACAGCACCGUUAUCAACGUCUCAUUAUCAACGGUGCCGUUGUCAUCAACGGCAUGGUUGAUGCUAAACACAAUUGAAUGUGGCGCCGGCAGCUGGGGUGGUGAGGCUGGCAGUGUGGCUGGGGUAGAUGGUGUGGCUUCUUUCUCUGGAUUCAUCAUCAUUUGUGCAAACAUACCAGUACAACGAACACACAAAGAAUUGGAUCAGCAGAACGUAGGUGGACAACCACACCUGCAACCACACCAGCAACCAUACGUACAGUUACGCCAGCAGCCAUACCAGCAACCACACUUGCAGCCAAUCCAGCAACCAUAUUGGCAGCCACUACAGCAACCAUAUGCGGAGUUACACCAGCAACCAUACCUGCAGCCACACUUGCAACCAUACGUGCAGUUACAUCAGCAACAACAUUUGCAACCGUACGUGCACUUAUACCAACAACCAUACGUGCACUUACACCAAGAACCAUACGUGCAAUUACACCAGCAACCACAAUGGCAGCCACACCUUCAACCAUACCUGCAACCACACCUGCAGCCAUACUUGCAACCACACCUUUCACCAUUCAUGCAACCAUACCAACAACCACAGCAACAAUCACAACCACAGCAACAAGCACAGCCACAGCAACAAGCACACCAGCAACCACAAUCACAACGUGACCAGCAACCACACCCACAAUUUCUGAAAUUAAUACAGCCUCAACCAUUACUACAAUCGCAGCAGUUAAUACAGCUGUAUACGUCACUACAACUACAACAAUCGCUACUCCUUCAGCAGUUACAACCACUACCACAAUCCCAUCUAUCACAACCACAGUCACAACUAUUACAACCACAACUACAUCUAUCACAACUACAAUCACAGGUAUCACAACCACAAUCGCAGCUAUCACAACCACAAUCACAGCAUUCACAACCACAAUCACAGCUAUCACAACCACAAUCUCAGUUAUCAAAAAUACAAUUACAAAUCUCGCAACCACAAUCUCAGCUACCACAACCACUCUAUCAACUGACACAACCACAAUCCCAAAUGUCACAACCACAAUCUCAGCUAUCAAAAUCUCAGUCCAAUCUGUCACAACCGCAGUUCCAUAUAUCUCAACAACCAAAAUCCCAAACCCAAUCAGAAUCCCUAAUGUCACAACCACAAUUCCAAACGCCGCAUUCACUUCCAUCACAUCUACCAGGACCACAACUAUCACAAACGCAACCCCAACUAUACCAAGCACUAUCACAAGCACAACCACAAUCCCAGCUACCACAACCACAAUCCCAACUAUCACAACCACUAUCACAGCAAAACAUGCAGAUACAGUUCGAUCCUCAACCACAAUUACAACCACAAUCACUGCAAUCACAACCAAAACAGCGAGAACUAAAGCAAAUCUUACAUCAACCACAACCACCUCAACCAAGGUCACAGUCUGAAAAUAUUCAACCACAACUACCACAACAACCACAACUUUCACUGCUACAACCACUACCAACGCAGUUGCUAUCACUAACACAAGAGCCCCAGCAUCCACAACAUCAACCACAAUCACAACAGCAAUUACAACACCAACCACAAUCACAACAGCAAUUGCAACCACAAAAACAGCUAAAACCACAACCACAAGAGCAACUCCAGCAUCCACAACCACACCAACAACCCCAGCAACAACCACAACUGCCACACCAACUACAAUCACAGCAACCACAACAACCAAAGCAACCACAGCAGCAACUACAACCACAACAAUUACAAGCCCCAGAACCACAAAAACCAGAGCAACAUCAACCAGAGCAGCCACAACCACCACAAUCACAUCAACCACAACCUCCACUACAACCGCAGCCACAGCAACCACAAUCACCACUACAGCAAUCACAACCAAAACAACCUCUACAACCACGACCAACCCAUGAACCACAAAAAUCACAGCCACCACAAUUACUGCUGCCACUACAACCAGAACAGCAGCCACAAUCACCCCAACAUCAAAAACAACAGCAAUCACAACCACAGCAUCCACAACCACCACAAGAGAGUCAGAAAUCACAACCACACGCAACGCAGCAACCACAUCUACCACAACCACAACAAUCACCUCUACCACAGAAACAACAAUCACAACCACCUCAACAACCACAACUCCCACAAUCAACACAGCAACCACUACCCCCACAAUUAACACAACCACAGCUACCACAGCAACCACAACCCCCCACAAUCAACUCAACCACAACACAGCCUUUAAUAUUCAACCCACACUACUACAGCAACCACAAUUACCACAACGUCAACCACCAGCACAACAACCAAUCCAGCAUCAACUAG